CACACUUCCUAUAAAACUACAAACCACUCCUCUUUCCCUCUUCAAAACUUUCUGGCCUCAACACUAGCUUGAACAUUCCCCCCAUUUUUUUCCUUUCUUAGUAACCAAACAGUUCUUAGGAAAACGAAAAAGGAAAUGGCUGUGGCUGCAAGAGGAAAAGCAACAGAGCUCCAAAACCCAAAAAAAUGGAGGGACAGAUCAGAGUGCAGCCCUGAAAGGACCAUAGUAUGGACCGAGCCUAAGGCGAAUAAGACCAGUGAGAAAAGAUCGGUCCCCGUCGUUUACUACUUGUCCAGGAAUGGACAGCUCGAGCAUCCUCAUUUCAUCGAGGUCCCUCUUUCCUCUCCUGAAGGUCUCUAUCUCAGAGAUGUAAUUAACCGCUUGAAUCUCCUCCGAGGCAAGGGAAUGGCUAACUUGUAUUCCUGGUCGUCGAAACGGAGCUACAAAAACGGCUUCGUUUGGCACGAUUUAUCAGAGAACGAUUUCAUAUACCCAGCUCACGGCCAAGAAUACGUUCUCAAAGGCUCGGAGUUUCACGAACUCAAUCUUAGCCCUAAGCUCCACGAAACGAUGACACCUUCGACGUCUUCAUCUUCGUCGAGAUCUCUGAGGCCACCACCGCCGGAGACGAACAAGUCCGGCGAGGAUUCGGAUUUUCCGGCGGUGAUAACGCGGCGAAGGAACCAGUCGUGGAGCUCGAUCGAUCUCCACGAGUACAAGGUCUACAAGGCCGAGUCGUCUUCCGGCGAGUCCGCCGGAAAAGCCACCGCCGCCGACGCGUCGACUCAGACCGAGGACAAGCGAAGGAGACGCAGACCAGUCAGAGCGAAAGAAAUCGAAGAAGAAGACGAAGACGACGAACAAGUUCGCGAAGAGAAAAGUCAACGCGAAAUAUGCCAUGGUCAAAGUACGGAGCUGAGUAGGGACGAGAUUUCGCCUCCGCCGUCUGAUUCAAGCCCCGAAACCCUAGAAUCAUUAAUGAAAGCUGAUAAACGGUUGGUGAGUGGCCAGCCUGGCGCUAAUGAGGACAAUUCUUCUUUGAAUCGGACGGCCGAGAAUUUCCCAAGCGGAAGAAUGAAGGCAUCGACGGUUCUGAUGCAAUUGAUCUCGUGCGGUUCGAUAUCGUUCAAGGACUGUGGUGCCACGUCAGUUAAGGAUCAAGGGUUCUCGUUGAUUGGGCACUAUAAAUCCAGGUUGCCCCGCGGAGCAGGGAAUAAUAAUAAUCUAUUGGGUAAAGAGGUGGGGGCGCUAACGGAAAUUCCUAAUUUCCCGGGGUUAAAAUUGGAAGACAAAGAGUAUUUUAGCGGGAGCUUGAUCGAGACAAACAAGAAAGAUGUGGAGGUUCCAAAUUUGAAGAGGUCAUCUUCGUAUAAUGCAGACCGGAGUUCGCAGUUGCAAUUGGCGGACGAAGAGAUUGAGGGAGUGCGCACAAAAUGCAUACCGAGGAAACCAAAGACACAGCCAACGAAAAAAGAUUGUAACAAUGAUGGUUCUUGUAUCAGUAGUAGUAGUAGUCGACAAGUGAGCAAGAGGAGUGAGGUCUAACUUAUUAAAGUUGAAGGCUCAUUUUGUGUAUUGUGGUUCGUACUUCCUAACCAAAAAAACUAAUAAGAACAAGAGCCAAAGAAAAGGGAAAAAAAAAAUUUAUUGAAAAAGAAUGUAUGAUAUGAAAAAGGAUAUGCGAAAUACAUGGUGUGUGCAUUUUGCAAGUCACGGCAAGUCGAGCACAUAGAUUUAGGGGAAAAAGUGAAAGUUUAGGAGAAUAAAAAGUGCUCUAGGUUCAAGUUUGUUGAUUGUCAUCAGGUAUGGAGGUUUGGGCUUAGAUAAAAAUUGUGUGCAUUGGUAUUAGCGGGGGAUUAAAAUUGGCCUUAAUUUCGGUGAUUGGCACUAA